UGACCAAUUAUUUAGUCAGUGUGUGUACUCCUCGGCAGUGGGGAAGGGUCUGCAGAAGAGGAGCAUCUAUGCAAAGAAGGAGGGACGCCCCCAGACCGGAGUGUAUAUGAGACCCUCACAAUCAGGGUCCACUAUGUUAGGACAGAUACUUCUUCAGGGCACGGUGGUCCUUUGGUUGGCGGGGACAGCGCACACAAGAGGAUACAAUGCCGCAUCUGGAAUAUCUAAUGGACAUGGGCCACAACUGAAUGGUAACAAUGGUGGAGGUGUUGGAAGAAUUCUGAUGCCGUCAAAAGGUGUGGGUCAGGCAAUGGGUGCACAAAAUGGAUAUGGGGGAUACCCUACAAAAGGCAUGGCUGCUGCUGGUGCGGCCAAUGGAGGAGGGAGGAAAGGCUAUGGAGCAUCAGCUGGUGUUACAAAUGGACACGGUGGCAAAUCACAGGGAGGAAAUCCAGCAUCUUUACCCAAUGGGAAUGGAGCUUACUCAAACGGACACGGAGGUCAAGCUGGCCCGGCCAAUGGACAACCAAUGAAAGGCAAUGGCUACGGUGCUCAGGCUGGUGGAUACGGUGGACAAGGAACUAAAGGCAACGGUUAUGGAGCUGCAGCUGGUGUGGGAAAUGGAGCUAAACCUAACAAUAAUGGUGCUGCAGCCGGUGGACUUGGAAUGAAAGGCAAUGGACACGGUGCUCAAGCUGGUCCAACCAAUGGACAACUUAUGAAAGGCAACGGUUUCGGUGCACAUGCUGGAGGAUAUGGAGGACGAGCAACUAAAGGAAAUGGUAAUGGUGCUGCAGCAGGUGCACAAAAUGGACUUGGGACUAAAGGGUAUGGUGCUGGAUUUGGUGUGCCUAAUGGGAAUGGGGCUAAAACAAACGGACAAGGAGCUGCAGCUGGACCAUCCAACGGAAAUGGGGCGAGACCAAAUGGACAGGUUCCAGCUGGAAGUAAACCAAUGAAAGGUUUUGGCCGACCACCUUUUGGUGCAGGUCCAGGUGUGGGGAUGGGAGGUCUGGGAGUUCCACAACUUGCCAGAAACCAAGGAUAUGGCAGUAAUGGUUAUAAUGGUUAUGGGGCUCAACCCAGGGGAGGCUACACUGGUGGUUUUGGUAGUGCUGGUCUGGGACUGGGACCGCGGUAUGGAAACGGAGGAAUGAAGGGACCAAAGCAAGGCUAUGGCGCUGCUGCUGCCUCCAAUGGACAUGGAACAAAAAACAAUGGUAAUGCAGGAGCCAGAGCCCCUAAUGGGAAUGGAGCCUUACCAAACGGUUAUGGAUACCCGAAUGGUGGAGCUAACAGGCAAGCAAAGCCAGCUUAUGGCAAUGGUCAAAAUGGAUAUGGUGCAAAACCAAAUGGAUAUGGAGCCAGCAGAGGAGGUGCAAUGAGACCCCAACCAGGUUUUGGAAAUGGAGCUGUUCCCAAUGGAUAUGGAGCUAAACCCAAUGGUUAUGGAGCUGGAGCUGGAGCUGGAGCUGUCAAAGGAAACGGGGCAAAACCCAAUGGUCAUGGAGUUAGAAAUGGAGCUGCGCUCAAUCAAUAUGGAGGAGCACUCAAUGGGUUUGUCCCGAGCAGAGGCUCAAAACCUCAAGCUAACAAAGGAGCUGGAGCUGUGUCACCUGGUGAAGGGGCGAAAUCACUCGGAAAUGGCUAUGGUGGUGUUGCUGGUGUACAGAACGGACAGUUUGCAAAAGCAGGCAAUCCUGGUUUCGGCACAAUGCCUUAUGGUAAAGGUACAAAGACUGCAGGGGCAACAAAUGGAAAAAGCCUUAAAGGGGAAGUUCUCUCUCCAGAGCAGCCCAGCGCAGCACCAGAGGAGGUGUUAGUCCCUCAACAAGCGAUAACUGAAGGUGCAGCACCCGUCACCCCUGAGCCCACCAGCGGUAUCCUCGUUAUGGUGACACAAGAGAGGCAUCAGACACUGCCCUAUCCUGUGCCACAAGGGAAAAGCUACAAGACACCACUGAUCCCUUUUGUUACACAAGCACCAGUGAUUCCUCAAGAACCAGAGCCUGCACUAGAAACCACUCCUGAACCAGCACUUAAAGGUCCAAAGGUGGUAACAUCUGGACCUGGACCAGUGAUUUACCAGACUGCCCCAGCACCAGAGCCGGAAGUGGUCCUUCCUCAAGGCAAGUACCCCAAACAUAAAUCUGUACAUUGAGCUUGUAUUUGAGAAGUUAAAAGCAUCAGUGGCUUCGCAGUUUAAGAAAUAACAGGAUUUUCUUCUUUUCUUGACAUCACUUUUGCCUCCUCAAAAGUAAGGCAAAAAAGGACAAUCUAAUCUUAAUCUUAAUGCACAAUGUUCAUAAUAUUAUUCUUUCAGAUGCACUUGAACUAAAGGUUUAAGUUCGACAAGACAGGAAGUCUAUUUGGAGGCUUUUGUUUUGUAUUCUGUAGAUGCAGAGAUUCUGUAUAUCUUUUUGUAUAUGGCUGCCGCAGCAUCAGAAUUGAUUUGCAAACAUUUGUUGAAAAAUCUGUACUUAUAUAUGUAUAUAAAAUGUAUGACCUCUAGGUUAUGUGACUGGGGAUGCUGUGCCUGAGCAAACAGG